AUGACGAACAAGGAGAAAGCGCGGGAGAGAAGGGAGAAGAGGAUGCAGGAGAUCUCUCUUCUUCGAACUAUUCCUUAUUCAGACAACCAAAGAUGGUGGUCUUCUGAAAAUGUAGCUGUGGUGACGGGUUCGAACCGAGGAAUUGGACUCGAAAUCGCUAGACAGCUUGCGGGUCACGGACUGACGGUUGUACUUACAGCCAGAAAUGUAGAUGCUGGCCUUGAGGCAGUUAAAUCCUUGAGGGACCAAGCAGAAGGUCUCAAAGUUGAAUUUCAUCAGCUUGAUGUCACGGACUCCUCUUCGAUUAGAGAGUUUGGUUGCUGGAUCAAGCAAACAUUUGGAGGUCUAGAUAUUCUCGUGAACAAUGCAGGUGUCAACUACAAUCUCGGCUCAGAUAAUUCCGUUGAAUUUGCCGAGACUGUUGUAUCUACUAAUUACUACGGAACCAAAAACAUGACAAAAGCUAUGAUCCCAUUGAUGAGACCAUCUCCUCAGGGCGCUCGUAUUGUUAACAUUAGUUCCCGGCUAGGUAGAGUAAAUGGAAGACGUAAUAGACUUGCAAAUGUAGAGUUGAGAGAUCAGCUAAGCAAUCCGGAUUUUCUGACCGAAGAACUUAUAGACGGAACUGUCUCUAAAUUCAUCAACCAAGUAAAAGACGGGACUUGGAAAUCAGGCGGUUGGCCUCAGACAUUCACCGACUACUCCAUAUCUAAGCUUGCCGUCAAUGCCUACACGAGACUAAUGGCGAAAGAACUUUCGAGUAGAGAAGAAGGAGAGAAGAUUUAUGUUAACAGCUUUUGUCCUGGUUGGGUGAAGACUGCAAUGACUGGCUACGCCGGAAAUAUGUCGCCCGAAGAUGCAGCUGAUACCGGUGUUUGGUUAAGCUUGGUCCUUUCUGAAGAGGCAGUGACUAGAAAAUUCUUUGCAGAGAGACGUGAGAUAAACUUCUGA